UUUCCCCUUACAUAGUAAUUGGGAGAUCAGAGAUUCAUCCUAUUCAGUCAUUCCACAGCCACUGAAGUGCAUAAGGUAAGCAUUUACAUUUACAUUUAUUCAUUUAGCAGACACCUUUAUCCAAAGCGACUUACAAAUGAGAAAAUACAAGCAAAGCAAUAUCAAGCAGAGAACAAUACAAGUAGUUCUACCAUACAAGAUCCAUUAAUUGAGUUCCAGAAGAAGCAAAGUGUGCAGAGAAGAGGUGUAAGUGCCAGAGUGUUUUUAAUUAUUUAUUUAUUUAUUUUUUUAAAAAAAAAAAACAGCAUGAGGAACGUAAUAUUUAAUAAAUUGGUCAAACAUGUAUUACACUAGAGUUUCAUGACUCCAAAAUAACAACUCAGUGAUUGAACUCUUUAAGAUGAUUUAUAUUAAACAACUAUCAUUAUAUUUUUUUCUUGUUUUUUUGACCAGUCUUGAUUUCACAGCCUUGCAGUCUUCACUGACCCUGAUUUUUGCAAUAGAGGAGAUCAACAACAGUUCAUCAUUACUGCCUGGAAUCACAUUGGGCUAUAAGAUAUUUGACACAUGUAGUUCUGCAACAAUGGGGGUUAAAAUGGCUAUGGCACUUGUAAAUGGAUAUGAGAACUCAAUCUCAGAUCAGCCUUGUACAAAGCCUGCACAGGUGCAAGCUAUAAUAGGCGAGGCAUAUUCAACAGUGUCUAUGGCUGUCGCAAAGAGUAUAGGACCUUUCAGCAUUCCUCUAAUCAGUUAUUUUUCCACCUGUGAGUGUCUCUCUGACAAGAGGAAAUACCCCUCAUUUCUGCGCACUAUCCCUAGUGACUACAUCCAGAGCAGAGCCUUGGCAGAAAUGGUCAAUUAUUUUGGCUGGACCUGGGUGGGAGCAAUAAGAAGAGAUGAUGACUAUGGUAACAGUGGGAUGGCUGCAUUUACUGAAGUUGCAGAGCAGUUGGGCAUAUGCUUAGAAUAUUCCCUUCGAUUUUCUAAAACAUACUCACAAGAAAGAGUGCUGAAAAUUGUUGAGCAGAUCAAAAAUGCCACGUCUCGAGUGAUUGUGGGAUUUCUUGGCACUCGUGAGCUGGAGGUCUUGCUCCAUGUUUUUUUUGAGCACAACAUUACUGGAUUCCAGUGGGUAGGAACUGAGGGUUGGAUCUCUGAUUCAGAAUUGGCCACACUAGAUAAGAACAACAUACUACAAGGAGCCAUCGGACUAGCCAUUCCCAAAACGAAGGUUACAGGUCUACAAAACUUCUUUCGAGAUAUAAGACCACUGAAAUCUGCAGGUAGCAUCAUUUUUAAAGAAUUCUGGGAGACUCUCUUUAAGUGUAAAUAUACAGUGCAGAAUAAUUCAGAGAACAUAUCAGUGUGCACAGGAGAAGAGAAAUUGUCUGAGGUGGAAAACAUCUUCAGUGACAUUUCCCUGAUGCCUAUUUUCAGUAAUGUUUAUAAAGGAGUGUAUGCUAUUGCCCAUACCCUACACAACUUUCUUGGGUGCAAACAAACAUGUCCUACAAAGACUCAGCCCGAUCCUCUCACAGUGAGUCAGCAGUGUUUCAAAUUCCUAUUUUUUGCACUUAGGCCUCAGAGCUUUGAUAUAUACUUGUAA